AUGGCAGCGGUGUUUCUAAUUACGUUGUAUGAAUAUUCUCCAUUAUUUUACAUUACUGUCAUAUCGUUAUGUUUCGUUGUUACCGCCGCCAUGGUCCUCGGCUGGUUUGGUUUCGAUGUCCCAGUGAUUCUCCGCAGCUCUGAUGAGACUGAGUCAGUCGUGCCUGUCCCAGAGAAGAGGAUGGUUCAGGUGACCAACCCCUUUGCCCUAGAGAUGGGUUCCUCUGGGGUGGCCUCUGUGACUGAGGGUGUGUCCCUGCUUCCAUGCUGCCUGGAGCCUUGUGUGCGUUGUUACUGGGGUUGUGGUGUCCAUGCCCUACAGGGGGCGCUACAGUCGCACCAACACGGCCCCAGUAAGCUCGCCACGCCACAUCUGUUCCAGGAAGCUCUGCACUUCCAGUACCAUCACUGCCAAAGCUUCCAUAUCAGUGGAGAGGACAAAGAGGAGCAUUAUACCAAGAUGCCAGCCGAUCUGGGGAUCACUGAUUUCGGGCUUUUGCCACGGGAACGCUACCCCAUAGUGGCUGUCCUCACACUGGCCAAAUCUGAAGCAAGGGACACUUACAACAUUGUCGCCAGCGUCACAGUGGUUCACGUUCCAGAUGACAAAUACAGCCUGUCGGCACGGAUCCUGUUUCAAUAUCUCCUCACGGCACAAGGGAACAUGUAUGAGUUGAAGCCACUAUUUAUGUCAGCCGAGAGCAAGGGGUUGUCGGAUGCGACUGACCCCGACCGUAGCACAGAGGCACCACCAGAAACACAGAAAAGAGAACCCGGAAAGGAGAUGCCAGGAAUGGAAGAUGAAGAGGAUUGGUCAGAGGAGGGAAAAGGCAAAGACUGUGUGGUGUGUCAGAAUGCACCUGUUAACCGCGUCCUGCUGCCCUGCAGGCACGCCUGUGUGUGUGACGGCUGUGUCCAUCGCUUCCAACACUGCCCCAUAUGCAGAGCUUUCGUAUUAGAGUCCUUUGCCCUGUUCCAGCAGACCCAUAUGGAGGAGGUAGAGGAAGAAUGAACUGUAAUGUAGCAGGUCAAUAUUACCAGUAUUUAUAUGAACGUAGUAAUGUUACUCAUUGGAGUAGCUCAGAAUCAAAGUGUUUACAGAAUGGAUGAUAUGGUUUCACAUUGAGGUGUUUUAUUGAACAUUUCCAACUGUUUUAUGGCUGUGAGCAUAUAAACCACAUUAUCACAUUGAGUUUAUUGAGGUGCAAACUACUUGUACUAUUUGUAAAUGUAGAUAUGGAAAACCUAAUAUUUUUUAUGUGCAAUGUAUAGAGAAUGUAUUGUUUUUGUCAAUAUACCAUACAGUGAGGUGUUUUUUCUUUUGACCCUUAAAUCGUGGACAAAGUUAUGAAUUGCAUCUUUAUGAAAAUCACAAAGAAAUCAAACCUGGCAUCACAGCUUCCCCAAGGUUUAAAAGGCAGCAAAAAAAAUAGGACAAUCAGUGUGAAAUAUCAAUGUUUUAAUGUGACAUAUUCCUUUGAUUUUACAGAUACAGAUGCUCCAAUGGCAAGAAUAUUUGUUUUGUUAAUAUAACCCAAAAUACUGGGCCAGUGGGCAUAAAUUUCACACUAUGGACUGGAGACAGAGACAUUAAUGUAUCCAUUUCCAAUAUCUAUAACUGUUUUGAGGUCACUUCUUGGCAACUCUGUAUAUAAAUGGUACACUAAUUAGAACAGACACCACCCCCAAGAAGCUUUU